AUGCCUCUGUCUCAUGCUUUGAAGCCGGUGCCCUCCCCGCUAACCCCUUUCUCCCGACUCUCGCAGCAAGACCACUGGAUCUACUGGACGGACUGGCAGACCAAGUCCAUCCAGCGGGUGGACAAGUACACGGGGAGGAGCAAGGAGACGGUGCUGGCCAAUGUGGAGGGACUCAUGGACAUUAUAGUGGUGUCCCCAAACCGGCAAACGGGUACAAACUUGUGUGGAGUGAAUAACGGAGGCUGCUCUCACUUGUGCUUCGCCAAAACCAACAGCUUUGUUUGUGCUUGUCCCGACGAACCGGACACUCGGCCCUGCUCCACCGUUUCAGGUUUUGUGCCCACGUCUCCGGCUAAAGGGACCAGCAGCACCCCGGUCCCAAAGAGGCCCAAGUCCCCCACAGACCGACCCAGCGGAGCGGCCUCAGCCAACUGCACUGAUAAAAAUGAAGAAGGCUGUUUGACCAGCAGUGUGAUGACGGCGCCACAUGGAGAAGGCCUCCACAUCAGUUACGUGAUUGGAGGAGUCCUGACCGUCCUCGCCAUCCUCAUCCUCAUCGCGGCCUUCAUCUUUUACAGACAUAAAAAGUCCAAAUUUGCAGACCAGGGAGUGAGUAACCUGACCUACAGCAACCCUUCGUACCGGACGUCCACGCAGGAGGUCAAGAUCGAAGCCUCCCAAAAACCUCCCAUUUACAACCAGCUGCGAUACAAACGUGAGUUGCCCUGGUUUAGGCCCCGGUUCUACUUAGACUGUGCCUUCCGACCCUCUCUCAGACCCUCUCUCAGACCCUCUCAGACCCUCUCUCAGACCCUCUCAGACCCUCUCUCAGACCCUCUCUCAGACCCUCUCUCAGACCCUCUCUCAGACCCUCUCUCAGACCCUCUCCUUGUGCCUUCAGACCCUCUCUCAGACCCUUCAGACCCUUCAGACCCUCUCAGACCCUCUCUCAGACCCUCUCCUUGUGCCUUCAGACCCUCUCUCAGACCCUUCAGACCCUCUCAGACCCUUCAGACCCUCUCUCAGACCCUCUCUCAGACCCUCUCCUUGUGCCUUCAGACCCUCUCUCAGACCCUCUCCUUGUGCCUUCAGACCCUCUCUCAGACCCUCUCUCAGACCCUCUCCUUGUGCCUUCAGACCCUCUCUCAGACCCUUCAGACCCUCUCAGACCCUCUCUCAGACCCUCUCCUUGUGCCUUCAGACCCUCUCUCAGACCCUCUCAGACCCUUCAGACCCUCUCUCAGACCCUCUCUCAGACCCUCUCUCAGACCCUCUCUCAGACCCUCUCCUUGUGCCUGUGCCCAGGGCUGCGUGGAUGGAGGCUACACUAAGGAGAAGCUCCGUAUCGUGGAGGGGGUGUGUCUGCUGUCUCACUCAGACCUGUCUCACUCAGACCUGUCUCACUCAGACCUGUCUCACUCAGACCUGUUCUGGGACGAUCAGAUAAAGCAGAUCAAACCGUCGCGCAGCCUCCACACCUGCAUGAGGACAGACACCGUGUCACUGCAGACCUCCAGCGCCUCCCUGGACGACGGAGAGACGGAGCAGCUGCUGCAGGAGGAGGCGUCCGAGUGCUCCUCCAUCUGCACCACCCUCACCACCCUCACCCCCUCCACCCUCACCCCCACACGCCACACCCCCCACAACAUGGCCGACACGGGCUGGAGCUGCCAGCGCAAGCCCUCCACAGAGAGCGAGGUCUGA